UCACUUUCGGUGUUGCUUUUUUUCCGUGCCAUUCGCUAUCAAUUUGCACCGUGCCGUGGUUCCGUACUAAACGCAAAAUAGGGACCGGUUUAUGGGUAAUACAGUAAAAGAAAAUAAGUAAAACUUAUUUAGAAGUGGUUAAAGCCGCUUCAAUCGGCUUCAGCUGAUCGAAAUCUCGCCCCAGAUUAAUGUGUUAAUGCGGAAUUUGGAACAACCCGUCCCGGGGCGACUCCACAGCGCGCGUGUAGUGUCUUCAAGAUUGUGCCAAACAAGACCACAGCGAAGUACACUUUAUCUCUUAUCAGCAGUGUACUUGAGCGUCCAGCGAAAAACAUAAAACGAUACACCUGGUUGAUUUGUAGUACAAACUUUGCCCCAAAACCGUAGUUCUUUCGUGUACGCAACAGUGUACGCAUCGGACAUAAACGGUUACGGAAGGACUGGUUCUAUUUACGCUACAAUAGUGUCCAAAUUGGAUGAUACAGCAGGUUUACAGAAACCGGUUUUUAACCCAGCAACGGAACAGAAGAGUGCAAAAUGUUUGCGAGACGAAUUCUUUGUCAAACAAACAGGAGACAUUUAUUACAAUCACCAUGCUGUAGAGUGAUUUCUGCCGCGGAUGGCAAUGUAACAAAUGACCCGCAAGGGCAGGUAUGGAUGCAGAAAGCAUUAUUACACCACCGGCAGCAUCAAUCAGGCGGUAAAGGACCAACAGAUAGCCUGUCAACGUUAUCUGCGACAGCCGUCAUCUUGGGUGGAUCAUUGUUGACAUAUUUGAUAACGGAAAAGAUAAAGAAAGACACGGCACAUGUGUACGCGAAGGAAGAUUCGCUCGAGACGAUACGCAAAGCGCACGAUACGGUGCGGAAAGAUCUGCCCGAAUACACGAUGGAUGAGAUCGUGAAGCAUAAUGCACCGUCCGCCGGUAUUUGGGUGACGUACGGUGUCGGUGUGUACGACAUAACGUCCUUCGUACCGCAACACCCAGGCAGCGACAAGGUCAUGCUUGCGGCCGGCGGUGCUAUCGAUCCGUUUUGGCACAUCUUCCAGCAGCACAACACGGCCGAGGUGCUAUCGCUGCUGGAAACGUUCCGCAUAGGGAAUUUGCGCCCGGACGAUGUGGUGGGCACGAAAGAUCUGCACGAUCCCUGGUCGGCGGAACCGAAGCGCCAUCCGAUUCUGAAACCGGCCACGCUGAAACCGUUCAAUGCAGAACCACCGGCAUCGGUUCUUGUGGACGCUUUCCUGACGCCGAAUGAAUUUUUCUACGUACGAAACCAUCUGCCCGUGCCGGAAGUGGACAUAAAGGCGUACGAGCUUGAGAUGGAGAACGAAAAGACGGGCAAAAGCAAAACGAUCCGGUUUGCCGAUCUGCUCAAAUACCCGAAGCACACCGUCACGGCCACGAUCAUGUGCGGUGGCAAUCGGCGCGGUGAAAUGAUGGAAGUUAAACCCAUCAAGGGACUGCCGUGGGGUGCAUCGGCCGUGGGUAAUGCCGAAUGGACCGGUGCCCGGCUGUGCGAUGUGUUGCGCGAUAUGGGUGUCCGGCCGGGUGAUGAAGCAGGUCACGUCCAGUUCGAAGGACUCGAUACCGAUCCGACCAGCACACCGUACGGUGCAUCGAUACCGCUGGCGAAAGCAAUGGACCCGCGGGGUGAUGUGAUUUUGGCGUACGAAAUGAAUGGUCAACCGCUGAACCGCGACCAUGGCUAUCCGGUGCGCGUGAUCGUACCGGGUGUGGUGGGAUCGAGGAAUGUGAAAUGGUUGGGUAAGAUUGUCGUGUCCCGCAACGAAAGUUCCUCCCACUGGCAGCAAAACGAUUACAAAUCGUUCAGUCCCAGCACGGAUUGGGAUACGGUCGAUUUUAAGAGUGCUCCCGCUAUCCAAAACAUGCCAAUUACUUCCGCCAUCUGUACACCGGCCAGUGGGGAAACGGUGCCAGUUGAGGAUGGGUACGUGACGGUGAAAGGGUACGCCUGGUCUGGCGGUGGUUCCGAGAUCGUGCGUGUCGAUCUGACCGCGGACGGUGGUAAAACGUGGAUCGUUGCAAAGCUGGACGAAAGCGAACAGGGUACGGGCCCGGGACGACACUGGUCGUGGUCGCUAUGGUCGGCAAAGGUUCCGAUUAAGCCGGGCCAGAAAGGACCGAUCGAGAUUGUGUCGAAAGCGGUCGACAGUAAUUACAACACCCAGCCGGAAUCGUUUGCCAACAUCUGGAAUCUGCGGGGUGUGGUUGGCAAUGCGUACAGCCGAGUGAAAGUUAACACGAAAUAACACUGCCCCAUGUUGCUCCUGUUGAUAGGGAAUCUGCUGAUAAGAAUUGAAAGGGAAUUAGCUAGAACUGUGACAACUCUGACACGAUCUGGUCUCAUUCAUACCGAUGAUUGUUUUUUUUUUGUAGAACAGAUAGAGGGUAAAUAGAAUUAUUCAAGGUGUUAAAACCAGAUUGGCGUCAUUUGAUUAUGGUGAGAUUUUGUAAAAUGAUUCUUAUCACCUUACCUAGUAAGUGUCGUAAGGAAGAACACAGCGGAGCUGUACGAACAAUUUGUAUGUUAAACUUAUUUUUUUCUUUUUCGUUGGUAAUAAAUGAAAAGUUAUGAUAAUAUAUAAAAAA